GACUGAUCGAGUGCGGCCUGUAGGAGAUGGGAGUUGGUGGGACCCGCGUCGACGGCUGAGGCUGACACACAACUCACUGCUUCCUCCUGCGACACCGACUGAAAGGGUUUCUUUUGCACGCCAAACUCGCAGCCCGCAAAGAAAGGGUUCCAUUCCCGAAGGAAAAAUGGCCGAUCAGGAGGAGAACAACACCACCAACAAUGACGAGACCAUGUCGGACAACAAUAAGAUCAAGCUGAGGGGCCGAAAGGGCGCGCUCAAGAAGAAGAACGUUUUUGUGGUCAAGGACCACAAAUUCAUCCCCCGCUUCUUCAAGCAGCCCACUUUUUGCAGCCACUGCAAGGACUUCAUCUGGGGCUUUGGAAAACAAGGAUACCAAUGCCAAGUGUGCAGUUUCACGGUACACAAAAGAUGUCACGAGUACGUCUCUUUCACCUGCCCUGGAGCCGACAAGGGCUGCGACUCAGACUCCCCAGAAAUUAAGAAACACAAAUGGAUCAAUUACACGUAUUUCUCGCCCACUUUCUGCGAUCACUGUGGCUCAAUGCUGCACGGCAUAACUCAUCAAGGCCUCAAAUGCGAAGCAUGCGACAUGAACGUGCACAAGCGGUGCGAGGAAAGCGUGCCAAAUUUGUGUGGCUGCGACCACACUGAACGUCGCGGCCGCAUUGAGAUAUCCAUCACAUGCGCUGGAAACAAGCUCACCUGCGAGAUUAAGCAGGGAAGGAACCUGAUUCCUAUGGAUCCUAAUGGUCUGUCCGAUCCGUACGUCAAGCUGAAGCUGAUGCCAGACAGCGACAGAAUUAAACUUAAAACCAAGACCAUCAAGUCGAACCUCAAUCCUGUCUGGAACGAAACUCUUAUCCUUGAUCUGAAGCCAGAGGACAAAGACCGACGACUGCUGGUGGAGGUCUGGGAUUGGGACAGAACGUCCAGGAACGACUUCAUGGGCUCUUUGUCCUUUGGCAUCUCCGAGCUCAUCAAGGCGCCCGUGUGUGGCUGGUACAAGCUAUUGACCCAGGAAGAGGGGGAAUUCUACAACGUACCCGUUCCUGAGGAGGGCACUGACCUCGCAGCCCUGAAGACUCAGAUGAAGCCUGGACUAUCCGUUCAACAAGUAAAAAAGUCCUCGAUUUCGAGUUUGAGGAAAGUCGUGCCGACCACUGCUGACAAAGAGGUGCCUCACAAUAUGGGCAAGAAGGACAUGAUUAGAUCAACAGACUUCAAUUUCCUCAUGGUGCUUGGCAAAGGUAGCUUUGGCAAGGUCAUGCUAGCCGAACGGAAGGGAACCGAUGAACUGUAUGCCAUUAAGAUCUUGAAGAAAGACAUCAUCAUCCAAGACGACGACGUUGAAUGUACUAUGGUUGAAAAGAGAGUGCUGGCACUUUCCAAUAAACCGCCAUUCUUGGUGCAACUCCAUUCCUGCUUCCAGACCAUGGACCGUCUCUAUUUUGUCAUGGAGUACGUGAAUGGUGGAGAUCUGAUGUUCCAAAUCCAACAAUGCGGCAAAUUUAAGGAACCAGUCGCAGUAUUCUACUCUGCCGAAAUCGCGAUUGGAUUGUUCUAUCUUCACACCCGCGGCAUCAUCUACAGAGAUUUGAAGCUGGACAACGUUCUCCUGGACCAAGACGGUCAUAUCAAGAUUGCCGAUUUUGGCAUGUGCAAAGAGGGCAUCACUGGAGACAAGACCACAAAGACAUUCUGCGGCACUCCCGACUACAUUGCGCCUGAGAUUAUCCUGUAUCAGCCUUAUGGCAAGAGCGUCGACUGGUGGGCAUAUGGAGUGCUGCUCUAUGAAAUGCUGGUGGGCCAGCCGCCAUUUGACGGUGAAGAUGAGGAAGAGCUGUUUGCUGCCAUCACCGACCACAAUGUCUCCUAUCCAAAAUCACUAAGCAAGGAAGCCAAGGAAUUGUGCAAAGGAUUCCUCACCAAGAACCCAAUCAAGCGUCUUGGCUGCAGCUCUAGCGGAGAAGAAGACGUUAGAGGACACGCAUUCUUCAGGCGCAUCGACUGGGAGAAAAUUGAAAAUAGAGAAGUUCAACCACCGUUCAAGCCUAAGAUCAAACAUCGCAAGGACGUUAGUAACUUUGACAAGCAGUUCACUUCGGAGAAGACAGAUCUGACACCUACUGACAAGCUCUUCAUGAUGAAUCUGGACCAGACUGAGUUCAUGGGCUUCUCCUUCCUGAACCCUGAGUUUGUCCAGCAUAUCUAAGAAGUUGCGUAAGAAAAAGCCGCAAUAAUUUCUUGUACUCCCUUGCCCUACCUCCCCAGCCUGAGUACAUAAUUAACGAUAUUCAACAAAUUGAAAAAUCACAUUAUAAAUUUGCAUCACACACUGAUUCUACAUUCAAUAUUGAGAAACAUGUAUACACACAUUACACCUGAAUUUUUGAGAGGCUAAUCUUGCGAAGAGUAAAUAUUGUAACGGGCCACACUUGAUAGGCGCCCUCUUUAGCUAGUUUUAAAAGGAAAUUUGAGUGUUCAUCAGUCUUCACCUAAUUCAAUACCGACUAUUCAAACAAACUCCAUCAAUUUCCUCACCAGGAGCAAGCGUAGACAAGAGGAUUCUAUUAAAGAGGAGAAUGCUAUAAUUUUUACAAACUUCCGACUACUUAUGAACGAGACACUUGAGCUGAUUUCAUCUUCAAUAUUUGCAAGGUGAAAGAGAAACAGCAGUGACAAAAUGUAAGAAAGUUGAUUCAAAUACCUUGAUGUGAUUCUGCUCUACUAAUAGGCUAUACAUGAGUGAAUUCCGAUUGAUUAUCAUGACGAGUAGUUGAAAGGUGGCAAUAACGAAAUCUAUUUACAGAGAGUGGGUUUCAAUAACAGAGCAAAUUUAGCAUUCUAGAUGAGAGAAACGAUAAUUAUAUUUCACUGCGGGAUGAAGUUUCAAGGAACCACUUUUGCCUCUAUUCCCCAUCCUCUCUCUGAUGUUCAUAUUCAAGAGACUUACCAAUUUAGAGGAACUAAACUACUUUUGCUCACUGAAACUUGUUAUCAUUUUGGGUAGUUUCAUACAAUUGAUUUGCUAUUCUGCACCAAGGUAGGCAUUCAGAUUGCUGAGCAAAGUACAUGUUAAACACGAAGAAUGCCUCCUUGAGAACGUGAGAGGAAAAAGGACGAGAGGCCAGUAAAAUGUAAUCAAUCUGGCUGUGAAUAUUAUUUCACAAACAAACACACACGUUUUACAAAGGUGUACUAGUUAGAGCAUCAGUCUCUUCCCUUUGAGUAGCCCUUGAUAUUGUUGCACCAUUAUGGCCUAUCAUGAGUCUGUGUGAAACUAAAAUUCCCAACAAUCUCUGGCCCCGUGCCUAAAACGUUGGCCAGGCUGUAAGGUUUUCUAGCUCGUCUGCUUAGAAUGAUUGAUUUAGUGACUGGGCCUAUAAAUCUUUACCUAAAACUGCAAGUUAGGAUAUUUUUUGUUUAAAAAACACGCGUUCAGUAUUAUCUUUUAAUUUUAAGUGUUUUAUUUAAUCCAGAAACUGGUUCUGCACACACUCACACACACACACACACACAUUUAAUUUACAAGUGACUAGCAGAUGUGUUUCCACUGAUUGGUAUCAAUAUUGAAAAACGAGUCAUGCUUCGAGAACGUCAACGUCCAUGUAACCUUGCGAGGAAAAUUGCGAUUUUGUUAAAUCCACCACUAAACGAGUUUUCCGCGCUCGGUUGCGGUUUACAAGGUUUUAACUUGAUUGGGUGUUUUUAAUGUGCGAUUUGAAAAUGUUUAAAUUAUCACCAAGAAAAGAGAUGCAUGUCCAUUUUCCAGUUUUGUAAUUCAAUUAUUACUUAUGUAUUAAUAAUCAACAUACUGCUAACAAGGCCUGAAAUGUGAGGAAUGAACUGUUUGCUACUUUCUUAUUAAAAAAAUCUUGUCGUAGUUAACCUACUAUAACUAACUAACUAAAUAUAAUUAUUCAAAACACCGAUGAAAGAAGGAAAUUGCUCGAAAAAUUAAAACACUGAUUUUUCUCUGUUUAUGUGCGCACAGAGGGGCUAAGUUUUAGGGUUGCGACUUUAAAUUUGCAUUAUAAAAAAGCGAGCUGCGUGUUGUAUUAUUGUAAACAAUUUCCAUACGUCUUUCAACAAUGUGUGUAAAGAUCAAGACAAUUAAUUAUAUACUCCACACACUCAUAGACAACUGCAGUGCUACGAACACAAAAGUUAUAUCACUCACAUGACACACACACACACUCACACUGACAAUUUCAAUUGCCAAAUUUCUCACUACUUGUAGUAAUUAGAGAAAUUGAUGUAAGUAAUGUCAUUUGUCACAGUCAGUAAUGAACCGAAUAUUAAGCAAUAUUUCAAUGUUUUCCCGGUUUUUCUAGUUCAAUCACCUAUUCAUUUAGUUCAAUUUUCAUAAGCCUAUCAAGAGCUUUUUGAUAAAUUUUCCUUUCGAGUGGUGAAUUCACAAUGAAAAAGGGAACAAAUCUAUCUUAUGAUGCUGAUUGUGUUUUUCAAAUUAGAGUUUUUUUCCCUAUCUUAAAUACGCGAACUAUGAUUUUACUCCUUCUCUUCGUAAGUCAUUCGAUACUCUAAUUUGGAAAUAGAAAUAUGCGUUGCAGCAUAUUAUGAAAUGUGGGAUCCCUUGAGAAAAUUGAUCAGCAAAAAAUGCAUUUCAGAUUUGCAUUUAGGUCAAAGUUGAAAGCAAAGAUUUCCUCAUGCUGGUCUUCGUAAACCCUUUUUGUGGCGCUUUGUUUGUCGAUAAUUAUAUCAAAUUAUUUCCAUAGAUGGGUUGGAUUAUAGCGAGUACAAAAUUCGAUUCCAACCCGAGUUUAGAUGCAGGACUGGUGCAAAUACAGGUGCAAAAUGCGAGAGAAGGACCUUCAGUAUAAUAUAUUGUUAAGUCACAGUAAAAGAAUACUCGGAAAUUAUUAUAAUUGUUGAUGUUUUAGUAAAAGGAAAAAAUUCUCCACUAAUAUAAAGUAAUUAUUAAUGAAAUAAGGAUAUACUAUUACUGACGUUGAUAAUGAAUGAAAGAAAAAAUUAACAACAACUCUCUUCAAAGGCCUAAAGUCUGUCAAAUAAUUUUUCUACGUCAUAAACUUGUUAGUUUUUGAGCCUGAAUGUCUUGUCAAGCCCUUUUAACCCUCGACGUCUUCCCUGAGUUCAAGUAUCCCUUGCCCGUCUUCCAGACAUUCAAAUUUCUUUGAACGCAAGUGAUUUCUGUCAUCCUAGUUUUGUGCCAUUCUUCAUGCCACUCCUUACCAAGCUUUGCCCAAAACCAUUUUCGCUAAUGAUCCAGAUGCAUGUUGUUUGCUUAUCAAAAAGAAGAUCUAAUCGAUUUUUGAUGAGGGAAAAAACAUUUUCGUUCAAGAUAUCCUGCUAGUCUAAGUGUUAAUAUGAUGAGAUACAGAAAAUAUUUAAUAAACUUUAAGUGGUCCAUUUCGCAAGUUAUAUAUACACACACAUGGAUACAUACUAAUGUUAUCGAUUUUUGGUUAACAGGAAAACAGACACUGCGACAUUCCAACUUUAUUAUAAUGUUAUUAGCUCUUAUACACGACUAAUAUACUUUUAAUUCCGCUCUAUUGUUCAUGUGCUGGUACAGUAAUGAUGCGCUUGAGAAUCAUGUUUUACGAAGAAAUAUGUAAGAGAGCUUCUCACAAUUUUUAAUCUGAUUGUCAGACACUUUGAGACUUCCAGUGUUUUAAUCUCGCAUUAUUGAUUAUUCCUCAAAAUAAAAAAUUAUUUACUUAUCUCUA